CUCUAGUAAGAUCUCGUCCUCGUCUCACCUUAUCGGCUGGCAAGCGGCCUCUGACUGACCCCAACAAACAUCGCUCUCUGUCCUCCUCUUCACCUCUCUGUCCAGUCCUCUUCCCUCAUCUCUUCCCCUUCCCCGGAUGGCGACUGUUCUCAUGAUGAUGAUUCUCUGUGUGGUGUCGACCAUGGUCGGCACAGAGGCAAGACCCGCACAACAGGUAUGUCACACACACACACACCGUGACCUAUCCACCCACUCAUCUAAUGCUCUGGUGUCAAUGGCUACCUUUGUUCUGUUCAGGUCCGUUUGCGCGGCCUGCAGGUGUCCCCUCCUGGCAACACGUCGCUGUCUGCGUCAGAAUAUGAGGCGCUGCUCGCUUCGAUGGGGGGCGACACCACUACACAAGUCACCUCACUCUACCGGUAGACACACACGUCAUGCCAACAGGCUGGGAUCAUCUGACAGGUAAUAAGCACAUUCCAUCUGUGUGUGCGUGCUGAAGGACGUCUGUGGACGGCACCACCUAUGGCGACCUGCUGGACAAUGUGGGCGACGCGAAGCCUCUCGUGGUGGUGGUCAGGAAGGACAAGUAUGUCUUCGGCGUCUACGUCAGUGCCGGCAUCCAGCUGCCCGACGACCCGACCAGCGAGCAUUGGUACGGCAGUGAUGUGUGGUGGUUCUCACUGGCCGGCCACUUCCCCCAACCGACCAAAAUAGACAUACCACCAUGGGAGCAGUGGAUGCGGGUGGCGGGGAGGAAGGCGAAUGCAGUGGAGGCGAAUAUGUACAUCGGUAGGUAUCUGGUGUUAGGUGAGCAGCGAGGCUGGCCAGCCGCCGGCAUCCGCAGCUGUGAACAGUACACCGACAGCGACUAUCUGCCUGAGGGCUACACGGGAGUGAGGGGUGAGUUUGCCGAUGCUCUGAUGGGCGGGUCUCGUAACUUUAUGGCCGAUGAAAUAGAGGUGCUGCGUGUGGUGCAGUAGUCAAGGGACGCAGGAAGGGAGGAGGGAGAUGUGCGUUGCCCUCUAUGGUGCUGUGUACUGACAUAAAUAGGUGCCAUCCAUUUGUCUGUGCCUCCUCUCUGCGCCCUCGUCUGUCUGUCUGUCUGCCUCCACGCCUGAGUGCAGCUGAUCUGCCAGCACACUGCUGGUGCCCCUGUGUGUGUGUAUUGGUGUGUUUGUUUGUUGAAGUGAGUGUGUGUGCGGUGGCUGGACUGACUGUAAUGACUACGUGGCUGUGGCUGCGUGCGUGUUUGCCGUCCCUGCCCUGAUGUGUUUCUGCGAAUGUGUGUGUGCACGAAUGACAGCUUCCAUGCUCUCAACCAACCUAUGCAUGUACAUGCAUGACAGAGUCCCUCCGGGGUUGCAGACACGAGUCUCGUGAGACACAAUAACCAAUCAACCAUCUCAGAUAUAUAGCCCUUUGCUGUACAUACGUGUCGGCAGGUCCAGUGGUUUGAUCCGUGUCUCCACAGCGUACUGUAUUAUUCUCUGCUUGCUUGUCUGCUCUGCCGCCCUUCUUGUCUCUGACGUGUCAUGCAUGUCCAGCCCACAUCAGAGCUGUUGUGACCGACCGAUGGACAAUGGACACUCACGGCUGACUGACACAGAUGCGAUGUGCGGAUGUUUAGCUGAUGUGAUCAAAAACACCUCUAACAUGAAGCUGUAGGCUGCCCUAGGCGGUGUAGUUGUGUUCCCGCGUGUCUCUGUCAUUUCACGAUGUGUGACGUGACAGUGUCUGUCUGUCUCUGUGUCUGGGUUGCCGGUGUAUUGCAAUCCUCUCCACACGUUCGUUCAUCGAAUGAUUCUAGACACCACACCACACCACACCAUGCCA